AUGAGUUGGCAAGAAAUCAGAGACAAGAAGAAGGCGCAACUGGACGCUGCGAUUCCGUCCGAAUGGAAGGACCCGGAGAUCAAGGCCAAAAUGGAAAAGGCCGGCGUGGUGAGCUCGCACGAGUACCUGGACUCUGUGCUGCCUGUAGAGGAGGUCAAGAUCACCGCAUUGAGCGUCGGGGAGCUGGCUGCCGCGAUCAAGGCCAAGCAACUCACCUCGUACGAAGUCACCAAGGCGUUCUGCCACCGCGCGGCUCUGGCACACCAGAUCCUCAACUGUUGCGUCGAAAUCUUUUUCGACGACGCUCUGAAACGGGCCAAGGAGGUUGACGAGUACUACGAGAAAAACGGCUCCACCAUUGGACCCUUGCACGGCGUGCCAUUGACCUUGAAGGACCAGUUCGACCUGGUGGGCAAGGACUCAUCCAUCGGGUACUGCGCGCUGUUUGGAAGGCCUGCAACCAAGAACUCUGUGCUGGUCGACUACCUGCUGGAGCAAGGUGCAGUCUUCUACGUUAAGACAACGGUGCCGGUUGCCAUGAUGUCUGCGGAGACGGAAUCGAACAUCAUGGGCUACACCCUGAACGGUGUCAACAACAAGAUGUCCUGUGGUGGUAGCAGCGGUGGAGAAGGUGCUCUAAUUGCUUCGGGUGGUGCAGUGCUUGGCUUUGGAACGGACAUCGGUGGCAGUAUCCGUAUUCCAUCUUCUUUCCAAGGUCUUUACGCCUUGAAACCGUCCACUGGACGAGUCUCGUACAUGGACGUGAGCAACUCGUACGCCUACCAGGAGCUGGUUCCCUCUGUUAUUGGUCCAAUGGGUAAGAGUCUAAAAGAUGUGAACCUAAUUUUCGAAUUGAUUGUCAAGGGAGAGCUGUGGAACAUCGAUCCUAAAGUGCUGUCGAUUCCAUGGAAGUCGCCUGACGAGUUUGCUGGCAAAGAGUUCAAGUUCGGCUUCUGGAAAGACGACGGCAAUGCCACUCCGCAAAGGGCCAUUCUGCGCUGUCUCGACGAGGUCCAACACAAGAUCAAAGCCUCUGGAGCUAUCGCUAAGGAUGUUGAUUUCGACCUGCAACCAAAACUUCUCGACACCAUUGGCAAAGUGUUUGGUUCCGACGCCUACCAUGAAAUUGGUAGCAUGACCAAGAAAACUGGCGAGCCAGACCUUGACCAUGUCAAGUGGCUCGUGCUCAAGGAGGGUAUCGACGAGCCAUUGAACGUGAACGAAUGGUGGGAGGUCAGCAAGGAAGUUUACGAGAGAAAGCAGCAGUUCUACGCAGACUGGAAGAAGUGGGGCAUUGACGUUCUGGUGUGUCCUAUCUGGCCGUCUGCUGCGUUCAAGCCACACAGCCCGCACCGUGUCAACUACACAUGUCCGUUCAACAUCACUGACUGCGCGAGCGUGGUGAUUCCUGUUGGAAAAGUCGACUCCAAAGUCGACGGCGACCCGGACUGGAACGGAAUGCCAGUUUGUGUGCAGGUGGUUGCAAGACGGUCCGAGGAGGAAAAGGCUCUAUAUGCUGCCGGAAUUAUUGACAAACUGGUCAACGGCGUGUGA